GAUAGUAGAAGUACAGCAGCUGAUGGCAGCUUUCUCUGCCUCACACUGCUGUCUGGCUGCAUUCACACUGAUAUAUAACAGAGAAUAACAGCCAAUCACAGGAGGAGCAGCUGAUAUUUAGGAUGUGACAGGAGAAAUGAUGUAAAGGAUGAUCUGUGUUUCCUCUCCAGAUGAAGGUAGAAAGUGUGUGUGACUGAUGUGGAUGUGACUUCAGCAGCAUGGAUCAGAGUGAGGACAGAGAGGAGGGAGUCCCUCCCUCUAAAAGCUCUCUGUGUGGGGAACAUGACAGCCAGACCAAAGCUCAGAGAACAACAAGGAGGCAGCACAGACCAGACUCUGCUGGACCUGAACCUGAACCUGAACCCAGCUGUGUGUCACUCAAGAGCGACUGGUCAAUGGAUGAUAUUAUUCACUUUAAACAGCAUUCAUCUGAUCAAAAGAUCCAUCAGAGACCAGAUUCUCCUGGAUCUGGACCCAGCUGUGUGUCCUUCAAGAGCGACUGGUCAAUGGAUGAUGUUAUUCACUUCAAACAAAGACAUUCAUCUGAUCAACAAGUGGACCAGGAGAGCUCAGAGGUUCCCAGUGGUCAGUCUGCCCAGCAGCAUCAAACACACCUGGACUCCAUAUUUAUGCUGCUGGAGGAGAACAUCGUCACUUUUGUGAGGAACGAGCUGAAGAAGAUGCAGAAGCUUCUGAGUCCAGAUGACCCAGAUUGCUUAGAGAGUCAGAGGGAGGGUGAGGAGGUGUUAGACAGUGAGGAGGAAGAGCAGAGGAGGAGCAGCAGAGAUGCAUUUCUGCAGAUCACACUGCAAUUCCUGAGGAGAAUGAAGCAGGAGGAGCUGGCUGACUGUCUGCAGAGCAGUUGUCAGCAUAAACUCAAGUCUAACCUGCAGAAGAAGUUCGAGUGUCUGUUUGAGGGGAUCGCUAAAGCAGGAAACCCAACCCUUCUGAAUCAGAUCUACACACCGCUCUACAUCACAGAGGGAGGGACUGCAGAGGUCAAUAAUGAACAUGAGGUCAGACAGAUUGAAACAGCAUCCAGGAAACCAGUCAGACCAGAAACAACAAUCAGACAUGAAGACAUCUUUAAAGCCUCACCUGGAAGAGAUGAACCAAUCAGAACAGUGAUGACAAAGGGAGUGGCAGGCAUUGGGAAAACAGUCUUAACACAGAAGUUCACUCUGGACUGGGCUGAAGACAAAGCCAACCAGGACAUACACUUCACAUUCCCAUUCACUUUCAGAGAGCUGAAUGUGGUGAAAAAGAAAAAGUACAGCUUGGUGGAACUUGUUCAUCACUUCUUUACUGAAACCAAAGAAGCAGGAAUCUGCAGGUUUGAAGAGUUCCAGGUUGUGUUCAUCUUUGACGGUCUGGAUGAGUGUCGACUUCCUCUGGACUUCCACAACAAUGAGAUCCUGAGUGAUGUUACAGAGUCCACCUCAGUGGAUGUGCUGCUGACAAACCUCAUCAGGGGGAAACUGCUUCCCUCUGCUCGCCUCUGGAUAACCACACGACCCGCAGCAGCCAAUCAGAUCCCUCCAGAGUGUGUUGACAUGGUGACAGAAAUCAGAGGGUUCAUUGACCCACAGAAGGAGGAGUACUUCAGGAAGAGAUUCAGAGAUAAGAAACAGGCCAGCACCAUCAUCUCCCACAUCGAGACAUCACGAAGCCUCCACAUCAUGUGCCACAUCCCAGUCUUCUGCUGGAUCACUGCUACAGUUCUGGAGGAUAUGUUGAAAAGCAGAGAGGGAGGAGAGCUGCCCAAGACCUUGACUGAGAUGUACAUCCACUUCCUGGUACUUCAGACCAAACUGAAGAACAUCAAGUAUGAUGGAGGAGCUGAGACAGAUCCACAUUGGAGUCCAGAGAACAGGAAGAUGAUUGAGUCUCUGGGAAAACUGGCAUUUGAGCAGCUGCAGAAAGGCAACCUGAUCUUCUAUGAAUCAGACCUGACAGAGUGUGGCAUCGAUAUCAGAGCAGCCACAGUAUGCUCAGGAGUGUUCACACAGGUCUUUAAAGAGGAGAGAGGGCUGUACCAGGACAAGGUGUUCUGCUUUGUCCAUCUGAGUGUUCAGGAGUUUCUGGCUGCUCUUCAUGUCCAUCUGACAUUCAUCAAGUCUGGAGUCAAUCUGCUGGCAGAAGAACAAACAACAUCCCAGAAGUCUGAAACUAAACAAGAAUCUGCAGUUACACAUUUCUACCAGAGUGCUGUGGACGAGGCCUUAAAGAGUCCAAAUGGACACCUGGACUUGUUCCUCCGCUUCCUCCUGGGUCUUUCACUGCAGACCAAUCAGACUCUCCUACGAGGUCUGCUGACACAGACAGGAAGUAGCUCCCAGACCAAUCAGAAAACAGUCGAGUACAUUAAGAAGAAGAUCAGUGAGAAUCUGUCUGCAGAGAGAAGCAUCAAUCUGUUCCACUGUCUGAAUGAACUGAAUGAUCGUUCUCUAGUGGAGGAGAUCCAACGGUACCUGAGAUCAGGAAGUCUCUCCACAGAUGAACUGUCUCCUGCUCAGUGGUCAGCUCUGGUCUUCAUCUUACUGUCAUCGGAAAAAGAUCUGGACGUGUUUGACCUGAAGAAAUACUCUGCUUCAGAUGAGGCUCUUCUGAGGCUGCUGCCAGUGGUCAAAGCCUCCAACAAAGCUCUACUAAGUGGCUGUAACCUCUCAGAGAGAAGCUGUGCAGCUCUGUCCUCAGUUCUCAGCUCCCAGUCCUCUAGUCUGAGAGAUCUGGACCUGAGUAACAACAACCUGCAGGAUUCAGGAAUGAAGCAGCUUUCUGCUGGACUGGAGAGUCCACAGUGUGAACUGGAAACUCUCAGACUCAGUGGCUGUAACCUUUCAGAGAGAAGCUGUGCAGCUCUGUCCUCAGUUCUCAGCUCCCAGUCCUCUAGUCUGAGAGAUCUGGACCUGAGUAACAACAACCUGCAGGAUUCAGGAAUGAAACAGCUUUUUGCUGGACUGGAGAGUCCACACUGUGAACUGAAAACUCUCAGCCUGUCAGGAUGUCUGAUCACAGAGGAAGGCUGUACUUCUCUGGCCUCAGCUCUGAGCUCCAACCCCUCCCAUCUGAGAGAGCUGGAUCUGAGCUACAAUCAUCCAGGAGACUCAGGAGAGAAGAUCCUGUCUGCUGGACUGGACACUCUCAGCCUGCAGCCUGCUGGAGUCCGAUGGUUGACACCAGGUCUGAGGAAGUACUUCUGUGAACUCACACUGGAUCCAAACACAGUGAACAGAAACCUCAAACUGUCUGACAACAACAGGAAGGUGACAUUUGUGGAAGAGAAGCAGUCAUAUCCUGAUCAUCCAGACAGAUUUGAGCGCUGGGUUCAGCUGCUGUGUGGAAAUGAACUUACUGGUCGCUGUUACUGGGAGGUCGAGUGGAGGGGAGGAGUACAUAUAACAGUGAGUUACAGAGGAAUCAGCAGAGGAGACAGUAAUGACUCCUGGUUUGGAGCAAAUGAUCAGUCCUGGAGUCUUAACUGCUCUAGUGGUGGUUACACUGUCUGUCACAAUAACACAGGAACAUCUAUCCCCUCCUCCUCCUACUCCUCCUCCUCCUCUGACUCUAACAGAGUAGCAGUGUAUGUGGACUGUCCUGCUGGCACUCUGUCCUUCUACAGAGUCUCCUCUGACACACUGAUCCACCUCCACACCUUCAACACCACAUUCACUGAACCUCUGUAUGCUGGGUUUGGGUUCUGGUCUUCAUGGUUUGAAUCCUCAGUGUCUCUGUGUUCUCUGAAGGACGGAGAGUCUCCUCUUGUUUGAGAAACUUUCUCAUCUCUUUGAGUACCAACCUGAUCUCUCACUGGUUGUAAAUAUAGUUUUAAAACC